AAAUAUAGCACACUAACACCAAAUAAAUUAAAAAUAAACAAAAGAUCCUCGUAAAGUAUAUGCAGUGACCACUCCGAGUCGCUAGGGGCGCGAUACCUCUUUACUGACGUAGCGUAACAAAAAAUACAAAUAUCAGAGAGGCAUCGGCGGCUGCUCCUUCUUGGGAUUUUUAGUAGGAAUGGGUAACUUAGAUUGUACUGUUCUUCCACACAUGCCACCAACCCUUUUGUUAUUGUUAUCCUGUAUAUUUGGGCUGUCACUCGGUACGGAACUGAGUUUUGUGACAUGCGGAUCUGUCAUUAAACUGUUAAAUAUCAAGCACAAUGUGAGACUUCACUCGCACGAUGUACGCUACGGCUCCGGUAGCGGGCAGCAGUCUGUAACAGGCGUGACUACAGUAGAAGACAGUAACAGCUACUGGAGUGUCCGUGGGACAAGGGAGACGUUGUGCAUUCGGGGAAACCCGGUCAAGUGCGGUCAGAAUAUCCGCCUCACCCAUGUCAACACAGGCCGUAACCUGCACAGCCACUACUUCGCCUCCCCGCUGUCCUCUAACCAGGAAGUGAGUGCGUUUGGCGACGAAGGGGAAGGGGACCACCUGGACGAGUGGACAGUUCAGUGUGGGGGAUCUGUGUGGAAGCGUGAGGAGGCCAUCCGCUUCCGUCACAUGGCCACUGAUGCACUACUGUCAGUGACAGGGGAGCAGUACGGACGGCCGAUCCACGGUCAGAGGGAAGUCCACGCCAUGUCGAGUCCCAGCCAGAACAGCCUGUGGAAGGCCAUGGAGGGCAUCUUUUUGAAGCCCAGCGAGAUCCCGCUGGGCAGUCGAGACUACAGUCACCUACACACAGAGUUCUGAACUUUUCUUUCUUUUCUUCCUUUGCUUCUGUCACCUACCAUUGUCCUGUCUGUCUACCCUUUCUCUAACAACACAUGUACCAGCAACCUCUUGUCUCAUUUUUCUCUCCCAUCACCUUUUGACUGUCAUCUUUUGAGGAGACUUUGCCAAGUCACGAAUCAGGUUACAAUGACUUCACCUUAUCAAUCCAUACUAACCUCUCUCGUGCAUGUUUUAGGAAACACCACUUGAAUCCAACAAGUAGUUGGAAAAAGGUCCAUCUGCUACACUCAACAUAACAUAAAGGUAUUAAAAAUGCUCUUUUACUGUACAAAGACUAAUCGCUCUUACAGUUUGAGAGGCUUUACGUCCUCUCAGCGUUUAUUUAUUUUGAAAUAAUUGACAUAAGCAGUCACAACACAGAAGGCAGUGCAGGUUUUUGCAGAUAAUAAACUUAAGUCAUCAAGUGAGACUUGUGUUUUGUUGGACUUAAAAAACAUUGUUACACUUUAUCCUUUAUCCUUUUUUUUUUUAACGUAGUAGGUGUUUGCAUUGUGAAGCCUUUUUAAACUUUUGGAAACAAACAAAAAAAGUGUUUUUAUGGUAUUUUUAAGCCAUAUUCUACUCAAACAAUUCAUAAGCAGUGUUACCAGGGUAAAUAACUUGUUUUGCCCCUUUAAGUCAGAUUCAGUGUUACAUAUAAAUGAUCCAACACCAUCUGACAUGAGAGAUUAAGCAGUUUUGACUGUUGAGGUGUUUUUGAAAAGAAAAAAAUGAGUUUGCUGUGUGCUGGGAGAAAGUACUGUGUUUUACAUUCAUGCUGUCUGUGCAGACAUAUGUGUUAGAUCAACUCUUUGUUCCAGAGGUUCAUAUGAGCAACAAACAUGCAAUGAAUACCUCAUAUUAAAGUGAUUUUUAUGCAUACCA